UUCUCUUCAACCUCUCAUCAACACAUGCACUUCAUUUUCAUCAUUCCUCUCUCUCUCAUCUAAUUUUGCUUCAUUUUAGUUUUCUCUCAUUGCAUUCGCAAUAUUGUUCCCUUUUUUUCAAUUCUGUUCGUUAAUUAUAACAACGAUCUCUUGAUGAUCAAUCUCUUGUACAUGUAAAACUGUAAUAUAUAUCGUGGUUUUGGAAAAAGAUGAUGUAUGAACAGCAACGGUUUCAGAUUCAGCAGCCGCCGGUGAAGAAGAAAUCCACUGAGAGGAGCUGCAGAUCGGGCAUAGAAGAGGAGAAGCUAGAAAUUGUGGAUUUGAGUGGCAUGUCCUUGGAAUCUCUUCCCAAUCCUUCUCUUAAUUUAGCCAUCAUUUGCAAAUUGGACCUCUCCAAUAACAAUCUCCAGAAUAUUCCAGAGUCGUUAACGGCGAGACUGCUGAACAUGGUGGUGUUGGACGUGCACUCUAACCAGCUCAGGUCCCUCCCAAACUCUGUUGGGUGCCUCUCAAAGCUCAAGGUUCUCAACGUCUCUGGCAACCUCAUCGAGUACCUUCCCAAAUCAAUUGAGAAUUGCAGAGCAUUAGAAGAAUUGAAUGCAAACUUCAACAAGCUGAGCCAGCUACCAGACACAAUGGGGUUUGAACUCCUAAACCUAAAGAAGCUCUCAGUAAACUCCAACAAGCUCGUCUUCCUCCCACGCUCCACCUCACACCUCACCUCACUCAAAAUCCUCGACGCACGUUUGAACUGCCUUAGAUCCCUCCCAGAUGAUCUCGAGAAUCUCAUCAACCUCGAAACCCUCAAUGUCAGCCAAAACUUCCAGUACUUGGACACCCUCCCUUACUCCAUAGGCCUCCUCUUGUCCCUCGUGGAACUCGACGUCAGUUACAACAGAGUCAAGUCCUUACCUGACUCCAUCGGCUGCCUCAAGAAGCUGCAGAAGCUCAGCGUUGAAGGGAACCCGCUCGUUUCGCCGCCGCCGGAGGUGGUGGAGCAAGGGCUGCACGCGGUGAAGGAGUACUUGUGUAAUAAGAUGAACUCGGCACAUCAAAGCCCAACGAAGAAGAAGUCGUGGGUGGGGAAGUUGGUGAAGUAUGGGACUUUUAAUGGACACGCGCGGAGUGGUCCGCGUGAGGAGCGUGAGGCUUUUAUUGUGGAUCAUGAGUACAGGUCCAUUGAUGGACUCGCUUCGCCGCGAUACAUGGGAAUGUUUUCUCCUCGUCGGUUGUUCUCGCCUCGUAGUUACUUUAGCAAUUGAGGAAGGAGGGUGGUGCGAAUAGUUAUACAUGCAUGGUGUGCUUGCUUGCUUGCUUCAGUGAUGAAGUGUUUUUUGUUUGGUCAUAUCUGCUUUGUUUUUGUUCUUUUUUGGUGAGCUGAAGUAGCUAGAUUAAUGAAUGCAUCGUGGAAAUGGUGGUAGGCUUCUUUAGAAGCAGAUCAGGGCCGGCCCAACUGCAAUUGAGGCCUAAAGCAAACUUUAAAGUGAUGCCUAAGUGAUGCAUUUUUGUUUAAAAAAUUUCUUUAUUAAUUUUUAUUUAAAUUUUAUUUUUCGAGCUUUUUGAGAUGUAAAAUCAUUUAUUAAAUUAUCCUAAUCAAUUUGUAUUGCA